AUGUCGUCUUCAGCAAAGAUCAGAGCUGCUCGUAAGCGUGAACUGAAUGAGGUUUUUCCCUUCCACAAGCUGGUGGAGCGAAGGGCAGAGGGAAGAGGGUACCGAGUUGUUGAGGAGCCUAACUGCCUGGGGGAAGAAGCUGUUGUAGUAUCUGGCAGCAGUGGUUCAGAUACUCCUAAACCUUUUGCCAGACAAACGAGGGGUGAACAGUCCAUGGGAGGGGUGGAAAGGGGACUUGUGAUCAGUGACAUUGCAGUUCCCAUACCAGACAGUGAUGCAUGUCUAGAGGAUGCUCUUGAUUGUCCACCAGUAGAAGGUGGUAAGAACGGGAAGGGGGAAGCUGGCCUUUUCAGCCUCCGCAGGAAGUGGAGAUGCUGCUGGGCUUUUCUGGUGAUGAUGGUAGUGUUGAGUGUCCAGAUGUCUGCCAUAUUCACUCCCAGGAACUUCAUGCUGCUGACUAUCUCAACAGCAGAGCCACUGAUGUGGAGUAGAGUGCAGGUGGCAGGACUGUUUGCCUUUAACAUCCCCAAAAGGUUCCACCCUCCUACAGUUGUUGGAGUUAUGGGCAGUGCAGCUGCCACAGCUAAACUCCUGGGUCUGUCUCCAUCUCAGACCAUGGCAGCUCUUGCUAUUGCAUGUUCAUCUGCUGGUGCUCCUCUGGCAAAUGCUGCUACUCAGACUAAGCCACUGCACUUGGGAAACGCUGCUAGGUGGGGCCUGGAAGCAUCUCAGUUUGCCCUUCUUGGUCUAGAGGGCAACAAACACAUUCUGGACCUGGAGUCAGGUUUUAGCAUUUUCUACCAGGAUUAUUUACCAUGUCAUUUGGCUGAGGUUUCCCCAUCUAGCCAGUACAGGUGGGUGCUGGAAGAACAGGAUAUUGCAUUUAAGCGCUUUCCUGCACAUCUUGGCAUGCACUGGGUAGCUGAUACAGCAAUAAAAGCGAGGAAUAAAAUUCACACCAUAGAGCCAAAUGCUGAUCUCAGUCAAAUUAAGAGGAUUGUUCUGAGAGUCCCUUCAUCCAGAUACAUAGACUGUCCACUCCCAGUGACGGAGCACGAGGCUAGGCACUCAUACCAGUUCAGUUGCUGCAGUGCACUGCUUGAUAGUGAGGUCACUAUGGACUCCUUCAGCAGUAAAAUGAUGGAAAGGAAAGCACUGAAGGACCUGCUCCUCAAAGUUCAUCUGGAAAAUCCAAAAGACAAUCAGGCUAGUUUCGAAAAGAUGUACUCUGAAGUUGUUGUGGAGAUGGCCAACAGAGAAACACACACAGCACGUUGCAACACAUUUUAUGGUCACUGGAGAAAGCCUCUCAGUCAGGAGCAUUUGGAAGGGAAAUUUAAGAAUAAUGCAUCGACUGUGCUGAGCACAGAUGCUGUAGAUAGUAUAGUGCAACUCAUUGACAACCUGGAGACAGUCCCUGACUGUUCCGUACUUGGGUCAUGCAAUUUCAUAAGCACAAACCAAAGCACUGACUCCUAUUAUUCAUCAUCUGCUUGA